UUUUGAUAAGAGGAAAUGGAACACAGCGGAAAGGACCACCACCACUUCGUCCUGGUUCACGGCUCCGGCCACGGCGCCUGGUGCUGGUACAAGGUGGCCACCGCUCUGCGAUCGGACGGCCACCGUGUCACCGCUCUAGACAUGGCGGCCUCCGGCGCCAAUCCCAACCGUCUGGAGGAGCUGAGCUCAUUGUCCGACUACUCCCAGCCGUUGAUCGAAUUCAUGGCUUCUUUGCCGUCCGAUGAAAGGGUCGUCCUCGUCGGCCACAGCAUGGGCGGCUGUGGUGUAUGUCUCGCCGUGGAAGCCUUCCCGGAGAAAGUCGCCGUUGCGGUCUUCGCCGCCGCGUUCAUGGCGGGGCCUGACGCCUCCGCCGACGUCGUUUAUGCAGAGAUUCAUAAGCACGUGGAUUCUUACAUGGACUGUAAAUUCUUUUUCGACAAUGGGGACGACAAGCCCCCAACCUCAUUGCUUUUGGGCCCUAAUUUCUUGUCUUCCAGAAUGUACCAAAUGUCUCCUCCCCAGGACUUGACUCUCGCGACAAUGCUGGUGAGGCCAAUCGGAUUUCUCGAACAGAUGAAAAAGCUCGAGCUCGAUCUAUCCGAGGAAAAGUUCGGCUCAGUUCGACGCGCCUACGUGGGUUGUGAAAUGGAUACCUUCAUAAAACAGGACGUAUUGGAAUGGCUGAUUCAGAAGACUCCAGUCGAUGAAGUGAAGAUCAUCACAGGGGCAGAUCACAUGGUCAUGCUCUCAAAGCCUCUGGAAUUUUGUUCCUGUCUUAAAGAUUUAGCCGAUAAAUUUAAAAAUUGAAGAAAGAAAAAAGGCCAUAGCCAAUAAUGUAUCCAUAAAUAAAAGUAUAUCAAAUUCAUUACAUUACAUUAUAAGAUACAUAUAUUGCAUUGA